CCAAAAUUUUCUUCACACGGAUCUAUCACUACUUGCCUACAUUUUCGUGGAACGAAGCCUAAUAAAUGCAAGACACCAACACAAAUGUGAAUAGCAUUUACAACUCUCCCAUUUUACCAAGCCCCCAAAAACUAAAUACACAUUCCCCCCUCACUCUCUCGUUAUCCAUCUCUCCAUUCAACCAUCUUCUCAAUUCUCAUUCUCUCUUCUCAUCAAACACCAAAAUGUCCAAUAAGUCCCCAGUUUUUCCCAUUUCAGACCCUCAACACUUCAGUGACUAUGGUUUCGACCCACAAAUCAACUAUUUUCAGGUAUUAGAAGAAGCCAUGAAGCACAAACGAGAAUCUUCAAGAUCCAUAGACUCAAUCCACUUCAAGCUACAAAAACCCAUUUCAAAAGAAGAAUCAAGAAACAAGAAUCACAAAUCAAAGAAGAAACGCUGGUGGAAAAACGCUCUCUUUUUCUUCAAAUGGAAAUGGACCCACCACCACCACCACCACCGUGAUGACCGUUACGAUGAUAACAGUGAUGAUAUUCAUCAAGUCCGGGCUAAGGCCUUCCGGGCCACGAUUUCCGGGCCUGUUUACUUAACAGAGAGUAGAAGCGGGUCGGCUACGCCGUACAGGAGUUGUAGUAGGCCUUCCUCCGGUCCACUCGCCGGGAGUUUGAUGCCGGCGGCGAUUGGUGCGGUGGAUAUACCUUAUUUGAGUUUGAGAGAGCUUACGAUGGAACAGCAACAGGUGCAGCAACAGAGGAUGUCUACCUCGGCCAUGCCUAUAUAUUUGGUUACUUGAAUUGAAUGUUUUGAAAAAGUGAAAUGUGAAAUGGGUUUGGUUUGGUUUUUAUUGGAUGGAGUAUUAUAUUUUUAACCUAACUAAAAGUGUUUGUUUGAUA